AUGCCAGAUAUUACCAAUAACCCUGUUGGUGGCCUUUACUACCCGGUUAUUAUCAUCGGAGCUGGGAUAUCUGGCAUCGGAUGUGCGUGCCAACUGCAACGCAAAUUAAGGUUUGAUCAAUUCAUGAUUUUCGAGGGUCAGGGCGGAAUUGGUGGAACAUGGUGGAGUCACCGGUACCCCGGCGUAGCUACUGACUCACCCACACCACUCUACUCUUACUCUUUCGCUCCCAAGACAAACUGGUUGGGUCCCAAGGCCACUGGCAAGGAGAUGUACGCCUACCUGCAUGCGGUUUGCGAGCAGUACAAAUUUCUAGAUAAGAUCCAAUUUGAUAGCGCCGUCACGGAGUUGAAGUGGGUUGCCACUCAGAAUGAAUGGCGGGCAACAGUCGUCACACCGCAGAGGCGAAACACUGUAAGGGCCAAAAUCGUGAUCAGCGCAGUCGGCAAGGUCGGAACUCCCGACAUGUCGAUAUUGAGAGAUAUCCCAGGCAUCGAGACAUUUCAGGGUCAUACAAUGCACACGGCGCAGUGGGAUGACUCUGUUCCCUUGAUGGGCAAAGACGUCACGGUUGUGGGUGGGGGAUGCAGUGCUGCGCAGCUCGUGCCGCAACUGUUGCUUCCCUGGAGCACGAUUGGGCCAGGAUUUGUCACCCAAAUUGUCCGCUCGCCUCACUGGGUCACUGCGGAUCCUUACUCUGGUAGAGUUUUGGAAUUAUGGAAUCAAUGCAUGCCAUUAAUUACCAGGAACAGACUAGGCGCCUGGUUGGCGCGUCUCGUGCUUCUCAGCAUCUACGAACUGUUCCACUUCACCUUCUAUUGGCCGCAUCCCAAGGGAGGCAAGCUACAUAGAUGGCUUCAACGGAGACUCACGCACUAUGUUAGCCAGCGGGCUCCUGAGGAGUAUCAUAGCAUGCUCACGCCACGAUACGCGGUCGGGUGUAAGAGACUAAUCCUCGAUCCAGGCUGGUUUGACUGCCUACAUGAACCAAGGUUUCGCCUUCAUAACUCGCCUAUCAAGCGGUUCGAGCGCUCCUCAGUAAUACUUGAACACGGCGGCCAGGAAGUCAGCGUUCCCACUGAUGUACUCAUUCUAGCGACAGGAUAUAGCCCAGGUGCAAAUCUCCUCUCGUCUAUGCGCAUCACGGGGAGAGAUGAAGCCGACCUCCAUAACAUAUGGACUGCACGGGGAGGACCACAAGGGUAUCUAGGUGUCGCAAUGGACCAUUUCCCCAACCUUUUUUUCAUCUGCGGUCCGAAUUCCUCAGUUGGGCACGCUAGUGUCAUGGCCGGCAUUGAGAACUCCAUCAACUAUAUCCUGCAAGUCGCCGAGCCUGUACUGGAAGGUAAAGUUGCAGCACUGGAGGUCAGAGAGGAGGCGUGCCUGCGGUGGACCCAGAAGGUUCAGCUAGCUUCGAGAGACUCGAUUUGGGCCAAGGGCGGCUGCACCAACUGGUACAUCGAUCCAAAUGGAUGGAACUCGAUGAUAUACCCAUUCUCCCAGUUCUACAACUUCUACACCUGCAGGUCGCCAAAUUGGUACGACUGGAACCUCACUUACACAAAGCUGGGAUUUGAUCAGCCUCUGCGAACGAGAUCGAGGUUCCCGUUGUGGAUCGUGGUCAUUAUGAUUGCUUGUUUUCUCCCCCUCUUCAUGCAUUUCGGCCUGAAGAGUGCUGUCAGAGAGACUAUUUGUUUCCGACCGAUGAGGGUCUCGAUUCUCAGCACUUCUUGA